AGUGACCGCCAUGUUGUAUUGCGAGCAUAGUAGAUGAGAAAAAGAUAUCCCAGGGCAGCCCCAAAAACUGAUACAAAGGAGGAGGAGCAUCUGCUGCCUUCUGCCUUGUGGCCCCAGGGCUGUGGGGGGCUCCUGGAGUUAUCAGGACCAUCACAGGACACAUUUCUGGGAUGAGGGGUUCCGGGAUUCUUCACUUGUUCCCUUCAGAAAGCCUGGAAGACACUAAACGUAUGGGAACGUGGAUACGGUGGACCCGCCUGCUGUCACGAUAUAGAUCGGGAUACUCCUCCCUAGGGCUCCUGACCUGUGGUUUCAGCUGUCACUGACUAACACUCCACCCAUACAGCGACUGUACACCCGCAGGUACCGGAGAGACAUCGGAUGUCCCAAAACGAAACGGACGGAAACCAAUAGGAAGAGAGACGUGUCCGCCACCGCAGCGUCUCCAGCCCCGGUCACCGUCUCCUGCUCCAGAUAUCAUGGAUGUGGAGGCCCUGUCAGAGGCUGCGGCUCGGGGGGACCUGGUGACGGCUCGCGGCUUGUUACUGGAGGGGACCGACCCGAAUGAGGUGAACCGGCACGGGAGGACGGCGAUCCAGGUGAUGAAAAUGAGUAAUGCAAAGAUGGCUCAGCUUCUGCUAGAUCAUUCAGCUAAUCCGAAUGUCCCAGAUCCAGUCACCGGAAGGUUCCCUGCUCAUGAUGCAGCGCGUCAAGGACUUCUGGAUACACUUAUAGUUUUGUUAAAAGGGAAGGCCCAUAUUCACAUUCCUGACAAACAAGGGCAUCUGCCAAUGGACAUGGCACCUAACUAUAUUGUGACUUACCUACAGUCGUGGGGGAUUUUGUCCGAAUCAAAGAAGCUUGUAUUGCAGGACACGAUGGAGCCCAUGAUUAGGCUGAAUAACUUUGGCUAAUAUUAUUUUGCUUUGCUUUUUUGUAAGUGGG